AUGUGCAUAACCUUUGCUGCAAGCAACGUUGCCGGUGGAAGGUUCCCAAUCGUUGUAGCACUCAAUCGAGAUGAGAAUCCAGAGCGACAAACUGCACCACUGAGUGAAUGGGAAUACGAGCAGCAGGACGGGGCGAGUUGCCAAAUUAUUGGCGGACAGGACUUGGAAUCCAAAGGGACAUGGUUUGGUUUCUCCAAAGAACACCAACGCUUUGCUGUUUUGACUAAUCGACGGCGACGAUCGGAUCUUUCUCAAGCUGCAUGGGAAGAACGCCGUUGUCGUAUGGAACAGCAAGAUACUAAUCAACAGCAAAAGAAGCCAAGACAUUCAUACGACGGAUUAAAGUUAUCCAUAGGUGUCAACUACAAGUCUCGGGGACUCUUGGUAUGCGAUGUUCUGAAAGAUGGGUACGAAUUUUCCAAGAACCAAAAGGGAUCAUUCUACCGACCAUUCAACCUGCUACUAGGAUCCACAAAAGAUGGACUGGUGCAUGUUUCGGAAGACAAUCUAGAUCACAAUGGAUUUAAACUCACAGGGGAAUCCGUUUACGCCAUGACCAAUGCGGAUGAUGUGAAUCCACCAUGGCCCAAGGCAGUCCGGGGAAAGAAGUUGUUUGAAGAGGUCCUUGAUGGCAUAUCUGCAGAAGAUACUGCCGAAACAGUCGCAGACAAGCUCUUUCAAGUCGUCCUUCUAGAUUCCAAGCAAUUUGCACUUUCAGAACAAUCAGAAGACGAACGCGCUCAAGGGGACGAUGUUGCUCAAUUGACGGGACCCAUUUUCCUUCCAAAGAAUGAAGUUUGGCAUACGCUUUCAUCGACUGUACUCAUUGUGGACGCAAACCAAGUCGCUACCAUUGUGGAGUGGUCACAUCCGCUUUGUCGGGAUGGGAAAGAUGCUCCAACCAAGACUCAAGUAAAAUGCGAUAAACUAGUUUCACGGGAGUAG